AUGCAUGAACAGACAAUAAACAGCGUGAAAGGAAAAAAAACAAAUUUGAAAAAUGAAAGGAAUGUAAUAAAAGAUAUAUUAUUAAUUACAGUCGUAGGAAUAAUAGUAAGAAUAUUUUGUAUAGUAUAUACAAUAAUAUGUAGUAGACUUAUAAAUAAUUAUAAGUUUAAUUUGGAUUUAUUAUGUUAUGGAAAUGAAGGAAGUUUAUGGGAAUAUAUUAAAUAUUUUUCAUAUUGGGAUGGAGAAUAUUUUUUAAAAUUAUCACUUAAUGAAACAGAAUAUAAAUAUGAGCAUAAUCAUGCUUUCUUUCCAGCAUUACCCAUACUAUUAAGAAUUAUAAAAAAACUAUUAAAACAAAUAUUUACAAAUAUUACAAACUCUUGCUCAACUUAUGUUUUUUUAGCUAUCGUUACAAAUUUAUUUUUUUUCACUAUUGCUACUAUUGGUAUUUAUUUAUUCCCAUUAAUUUAUUUUCAAAAUGUAGAAAGAAAGGAAGGAGAGCAAGAUGGCAAUAUAAAAAAGGUUGAGGAAAAACCUGAUGACAAUUCAUUACAUGGCACACUAAAUAAAGACAAUUGCUAUUACUUAUACCAUAUAGAUAGCUGGGAAGAGUGUAAACGAUUUAGUUUUUUUUUGUCUUUAUUAUACAUAUUUAGUGUUGGGAAUAUACACACAAUCUCUUUUUAUAAUGAAAGUAUUUUUAGUUGUUUUUCAAUAUGGGGGUUUAAUUUUUUAAAAUUAUCAAUAAAUAAUUAUAAGUUCAAUUUUAUUUUUGAAAUAUUAGCAGUAAUGUUUUUUUUUAUAGCUUCUUGUUUUAGAUCAAAUGGCAUACUAUUUUUAAUACCACUUUUUUUUUAUAAUUUAUAUUUAUGUAAAUUUGUUAGACAUUGUGUUAAGCCAUGGAUAGUGAAUGUAGAAGACUGUCAUAAUAAUAAAGAACUUGUGUGUGAUGAAAAUAAAAUAUUUUCUUAUUUUUUCAGCCAAAGAAGAAUUAUAUCCUUUUUAAUAUUUUGGUUAAAAGCAUUAUGUGAAGCAUUAAUUAUAAUAUUCCCACUUUUAAUUUUUCAGUUUUAUUCAUAUCAUUUAUAUUGUAUAAAACAUGAUGAUUUAUGGAUAAAUAAAAAUAAAAAAUUUUAUUUUUUUUUGAUAAAUUUUUUUAAAAAUCCAAUCUCAUAUUUUAAUAUAGGAAGUUAUAAUAAUAUACAAAAAAUAAAUAGACCAUGGUGUGAAAAAGUUAUACCUUUUUCUUAUAGUUAUAUACAGAAAAAUUAUUGGAAUGUAAAAUUUUUAAAAUUUUUAUUUGACCCAGAUUUUAAAAUAUUUUAUUCAGCACCUAUAUAUUUUAUAUCAUAUCAUAGUAUAAUUCAAUUUUUUAAAAAUAAUAAAUUUUACCUUCUCAAAAUAUCGGUUUUAUAUAACCCAUUUUUUAUGACCAUAGCACAUUUGUUUUUUUUGACAACUUACAUAUUCUUAUUUGCCCACAACGAGAUUAUAUUGCGAUUAAUUUUAGGCUGUCCCGUUUUUUACUUGCAUUAUGCAUAUUUAUUAAAAUAUUCUAAUAAAUGGAAUUUUCUUUUAUUCAUUAAUUUAUUAUAUUUUUUUGUGGGGCCACCAUUAUUUGGAACAUUUAUAGCUUGGACAUAG